AUGCGGGUUGGUGGUUGGGAGGGGUUAACUUGGUGGUUGUGGGUUGGGAGGGGUUUCAGGUUCUUGGGCAAGGGUUUGGGUUGGGUGGUUCAUCGGGAUGAGGAGAUAAAUGUUUUUUGUAGUAGUCGAGUUGAAGAGUCUUCGAAUAAUUUGAAUAAUGAUGAUAAUAUUAAUGAUGUGCCUAAUGAUGAUGUUUCUAAUGAUGUGCCAAAUGUUGAUGUUCCUAAUGAUGUUCCAAAUGUUGAUGUUCCUAAUGAUGUUCCGAAUAUUGAUGUUCCUAAUGAUGAUCAUGAUAAUGUUGAUGUUCCUAAUGUCGAUAAUGUUGAUGUGAGUGUUAAUGAACACUUUAUCCCUCUUUUUGAUAUGUAUGAUCCUAGAAACUGGGGUUCACUUGAUGCAAAAUCUAGAGAUAUUUUGAUUGAAAAAGGACCCAUAAGAGAUUUAAAUCUCACAUUUCCUAUCGAUAGAUUUUCUAGGCAUUUUUCAUAUACUUAUUUUACUAGAAAGUUGAGUAAUGGAGAGAUUUCGAAUAGAAAAUGGUUGGUUUAUUCUAAAAAUGUUGGUAAAGUAUAUUGUUUUUGUUGUAAGUUGUUUACUUCUCAAAAUAACAAAACUCUUUUAGCAAAUGAUGGAGUGAAUGAUUGGAAACAUUUGAGUGAGAAACUCAAACUACAUGAGAAUAGUGUUGAACAUUUGACUAAUAUGAGUACUUGGAAUGAAACAAGGUUGAGAUUGAAUAAGAACAAAGGCAUUGAUAAAGAGUUGCAAGAAGGAAUUCUAAAAGAAAAGGAACGUUGGAGACUAAUUUUGAUAAGAAUAGUAUCAGUUGUUAAAUGUCUUGCUAAACAUAAUUUAGCUUUUCGUGGAUCUAAUGGAAAAUUGUAUGAGGAUAGUAAUGGUAAUUUUUUGGGCUUGAUUGAAAUGAUAGCUGAAUUUGAUUUGAUAAUGCAAGAUCAUGUUCAACGUAUAAAGAGUCAUGAAAUUCACUAUCACUACCUCGGUCCUCAAAUUCAAAAUGAGUUGAUUUCUCUUUUAGCCCAUAGUGUUAGAACUUCUAUGAUAAAGAUCAUUAAAGAGGCUAAAUAUUUUUCUGUGAUACUUGAUUGAACCCCGGAUGUGAGCCAUCAAGAGCAAAUGACUUUGAUUGUACGAUAUGAUGUGUUAAUGUGUCUUGUGAUAAGAUAAAAGUAGAAGAAUUUUUUUUAGAAUUCUUAAUAGUAGAUGAUACAUCUGGAUUAGGACUUUUUAAUGAAUUGUUAAAUGUGUGCAAGUCUCUUGAUUUAGAUAUUGAUAAUGUUAGACGUCAAGGUUAUGACAAUGGUUUUAAUAUGAAAGGAAAACAUGCAUCAAGGGGUUCAAACGAGACUACUUGGAGUAAAUCCAAGGGCUUUAUAUAUGUCAUGUUCUUGUCAUAGUCUUAAUCUAACUCUUUUGGAUAUGACACAUUCUUGUGUUAAAGCUAUUUCUUUUUUUGGAAUUGUGCAACGCAUAUACACAUUAUUUGCAAGUUCUACUAAAAAAUGGAAAGUUUUAGUUGAUAAUGUUCCGGGGCUAACUGUUAAAUCUUUGUGUAAUACUCGAUGGGAGAGUCGAAUUAAAAGUGUCAAAGCUAUUAGAUUUCAAGGGCCUCAAAUAAAGGUAGUUUUGCAAAAAUUGUAUGACUCUAGUGGUAUUGAUGCUAAGACAAAGAGUGAAUGUGAAAGUUUGGCUAAUUGUGUUGCAAGUUAUGAAUUUUUACUUGGCAUUGUUUUGGCAUGACAUCUUAUUUUCAAUUAACAUUGUGAGUAAGAAAUUGCAAUCUAAGUCUAUGUGUAUUGGAGUUGCAAUGAAGGAAGUGAAAGGUAUUAUUUCGUAUUUUGAGGAGUAUAGAAAUAAUGGCUUUGAAUCUAGUAUAAAUAUUGCUAAAAGCCUUUCAUUAGAUAUGGGUAUAAAGCCUACACUUCCGACAAAGCGUCAAAUUUUUAGGAAAAGACAAUUUGAUGAGAACAAUGAUAAUGAUGAAGAAAUACAAUCACCCAAGGAAUCUUUUAGAGUUAAUUAUUUUUUGGUAGUUGUUGAUAUGGCAAUAAACUCUUUGAAAAAUAGAUUUGAUCAAUUAGAAGUUUUUGACAAUAUAUUUGGUUUUUUGUUUGAUUCAAACAAAUUAAAGUCAUUAUUAGACAAUGAUGAAUUAAGAAUUUCUUGCAUCAAUUUUAAGACUACUUUUUCUAAUAAUAAUUUGUCCGAUGUUGAUGCAUAUGAUAUUUUUUCAGAAUUAAAAUUAUUGCAAAUGACUUUAUCAAAUGUGUUGAUGUUGGCACAUGAGAUUCUAGAGUUUGUCAAAGCUGCCGAUUGCUUUCCAAAUGCAUCAAUUGCUUAUCGAAUACUAUUGACUAUGUUGGUAACGGUUGCAUCUGCUGAAAGAAGUUUUUCAAAGUUGAAGUUAUUGAAAACCUACUUGAGAUCAUCAAUGUCUCAAGAAAGGUUGAAUGGUUUAGCUACUUUAUGUAUUGAGAGAACAAUGUUAGAGCAUAUUGAUGUAGAAACUAUCAUUAAUGACUUUGCAUCUAGAAAUGCUAGAAGAAAGUGUUUUGUUUAAGCGUUAUUGUAAUAAUAAAAUUUCUUAGCAUUAAAUAAA